GACCUCCGGUACUACAGCGAGGAGUGUGAAGUGGAUCUCCGGGACCCCAUCAAAGACUAUGAGCUCUACAGAGAGACCUGCCAGGAGCUUCAGAGGCUCAUGGCUGAGAUCCAGGAGCUGAAGAGCCGGGGCAUCAAGGACAACGCUGCGGAGAUCGACGAGCGGCGCGUCCAGAGCUGCGUCCACUUCAUGAUGCUGAAGAAGCUCAGCAGAGCCUCAUCCCCUGCUCUGGCCAUGUCUGUGUUGCAGGCGAAGCAGAAGGUUGAUGCAUAUCAUCUGCAGCUCCAGAACUUGCUCUAUGAGGUGAUGCACCUGCAGAAGGAGAUCACCAAGUGCCUGGAGUUCAAGUCAAAGCAUGAGGAGAUCGAGCUGGUGAGCCUGGAGGAGUUCUACCAAGAGGCCCCUCCUGAAAUCAGCCGUCCUGCCAUCACCCUCUCCGAGCCCCACCAGCAGACGCUGGCCCGCCUGGACUGGGAGCUGGAGCAGCGCAAGAGACUGGCAGAGAAGUACAAGGAAUGCCUGACCAGCAAGGAGAAGAUCCUGAAGGAGAUCGAGGUGAAGAAGGAAUAUCUGAGCAGCCUCCAGCCUCGACUCAACAGCNNNNCCCAGGCCUCCCUGCCUGUCCAGGAGUAUCUCUUCAUGCCUUUCGACCAGGCGCACAAGCAGUACGAGACAGCCCGGCACCUCCCGCCGCCUCUCUACGUCCUCUUCGUUCAAGCCAGUGCCUAUGGUCAGGCCUGUGAUAAGAAGCUCGUGGUGGCCAUUGAAGGGAAUGUAGAGGAAGCCAAAGCCUUGUACAAGCCGCCUGAGGACUCGCAGGAUGAUGAAAGUGAUUCUGACGCUGAAGAGGAGCAGACCACGAAGCGGCGCAGGCCCACCCUGGGCGUGCAGCUGGACGACAAGCGCAAGGAGAUGCUCAAGCGUCACCCUUUGUCUGUCACAGUCGACCUCAAGUGCAAGGAUGACAACGUGCUUCAUCUGACCUUCUACUACCUGAUGAACCUCAACGUCAUGACGGUGAAAGCCAAGGUGACCACUGCUGUUGAGAUGACAACCGCCAUCAGUGCCGGUGACCUGCUCUCCCCAGACUCCCUCCUCAACUGCCUCUACCCAGGAGACCACGGGAGGAAAACGCCCAACCCGGCCAACCAGUUCCAGUUCGACAAAGUGGGCAUCCUGACCUUGAGCGACUAUGUGACAGAGCUGGGGCACCCCUACGUGUGGGUGCAGAAGCUGGGUGGUCUGCAUUUCCCCAAGGAUCAGCCUCAGCACACGGUCACUGCUGACAACACCCUGAGCGCCAGCCACAUGGAGCUGACGGUGAAGCUUCUGCGCUCGAGGUUUCAGUCCCGCCUGGCCCUGCACAAGCAGUUUGCAUCUCUGGAGCAUGGGGUGGUGCCAGUCUCCAGCGAGUGCCAGCACCUCUUCCCAACCAAGAUCGUCUCACGCCUGGUGAAGUGGGCUGCCAUCCCCUAUGAGGACUAUGCGGAGCUGCCUUACACUAAAGAUGUGAUCGAGGCUGGCUUGGCUGAAGACACUCACCUCUACUACAUGGCCCUGAUAGAAAGGGGAACAGCCAAGCUCCAGGCAGCCGUGGUCCUGAACCCCGGUUACUCCACGCUGCCACCCAUCUUCAGCCUCUGCCUCAACUGGAAAGGAGAGCGAACGGGCAGCAACGACGACAACAUUCGGGCUAUGGAGAGCGAGGUCAAUGUGAACUACAAGGAGCUGUGGGGGCCCAAACCUGGCCACCAGCUCCUCACCAACCAGCUGCAGCGGCUGUGCAUGGUGCUGGAUGUGUACCUGGAGACAGAGCCCCACGACACCAGCGUGGAGGGGCCCAAGGAGUUCCCCCAGGAGAAGAUGUGUCUGCGGCUGGUCAGGGGACCAUUGCGCCUGAAGCCCUUCAAGUUCAACUACCCCCAGGGGUUCUUCAGCCAUCGCUGAGCACUCCCUGGGCUUUGCCCUGGCCUGAGCA